AUGCAGGUCCGACAAGAUCAAAGCUGCAAGAGAAUGAACAGUGAAGUACAGAGAAUUGGAAGGAUCUUGGAUUUGACUGACGAUGCUUGGCGAGAAGACAAGCUGCCUCACGAGGAUGUUGCAAUACCACUGAAUGAGUUUCCUGAACCUGAACGGGACAAAGGAGGCACCACGGAAUCUGUUAAAGAACAAGAGAUGAAGUGGAUCGACUUGGCCUUCCAGUACCUCCAUGAGAAUGUUCCCCCCGUAGGAAAUUGA